UAUAAGCUAUUGUCGUUAUUUUUAAUUAUACAACUGUUGUUGUUGUUGUUGUUGUUGUUGUUAUAACGAUGAAUAUUACCGCGGGAUUGAUUAUUAUUUAAUAGAUGUUGGUGUAAAAUCGAAUGUCAUUCACUGAUUUGGCGCUAUACGCUCGUACCUUUACUGCACGGCCGCUAAAUUGAUUUGCAGUUUCGAUCGCGCGGUGAGGGCAUGCCGAGCCUCGAUUUUCACUUUCAAGGGGCCACCGAGAACUGGAGAACGAGGAUAAGUAGUGUGUGUAGUGCAGUGAAACCGGAGGGGCCGAGUAGCACCAUCAGGACAGCGCAGGAUGAGGUUGAGGUGCUUCCUUCGUUGGCUCACCUGUUCGUGAAAAAGAACGUCGGUCGGUCGAGCGCGCGCGCGCGUGUGGGUCAAAAAACACAAGCACACAAUAAGUAUAAGACGUACAAGUUGGAGGAGUGAAAAAGGAGCAGCCGAGCCAUGGUGUUUCUCGGGAGAAAGGAGAAACGGACCCGCGAGCGCCGGUUGCUCGCGAGCAUGGAAGCCGUCCAGCAGGACGUCAACAAAGAUACGGCCCACUACGAUAACGCGGCUUUCAUGCAGUCCCAGGAUGUCGCGGACGGCCUGGCCGGAGCCGAGGCGCCAACCAAGAGUCCAGAAGCCCAGGACACGGAUCUCUUGUUCCUCGACGCUUUCCUUGGCGAUCCGCUCGUCAGGGCCCUCAUACAGAUAGAGGAGCGCUCGGAGCGAGCACCCGUGCACGCGGUACCAGUGUGCUCGUCGAUCUGCAAAGUCGUCGAGCAGGUGACACGGGCCCUCGAGCCGUCGCGCAAUCCAGAAUCCCGGGAGCUCCUGCUGCUGCUGAGGAGCAGACACCUGCGUAGUCUCCUCGGGACCCACGACGCCGCGAUCGCUGCUCGCCUUCAGCAGCAGCAGCUCAACGGGAAUAUCGAGGAGUCGUCGUCGACGAUGCCGCGCAAACCACUGCUCGGGGGAAUGAUGCCCAGCACGGAUGAGAUACCCACCGAGGCCAUAAGGGUCGUCGGGCUCAGGAGGCAACCCGAUGAACCUCUCGGCCUGACCAUCCAAGUUGAUGAAAACGGUAAUCUGAUAAUCGCCCGCAUCCUUGGCGGUAGUACGGCAGCACGACAGGGCCUUAUGAGGCCCGGUGAAGUUAUUCUCGAAGUCAACGGCCAAUCGGUGCGCAAUCCCGACGAGCUGCAACAGACCAUUCAGGAAGCCAAGGAAAACCUCACCCUCAAGCUCGCGCCUGGAAUCAACUCCGAUGCCAAUCGACAAAUCAAAUCCACGUGCUACAUGCGCGCCCUGUUCGACUACGAGCCGUCGGACGAUACGCUGCUGCCCUGCCGGGAGAUCGGGCUGGCCUUCCAAAAGGGCGACAUCCUACAAAUCGUGGACCAAGCAGACCCAAACUGGUGGCAGGCCCGGCGCAUCGAGGGCAAUAGCCUGGGCCCGCCCGGGCUCGUGCCCUCGCUCGAGCUCGAGGAACGGCGCAAGGCCUUCGUCCCGCCCGAGGCCGACUUUGUCCACAAGAUCAGCAUCUGCGGCACGCGCAUCUCCAAGAAGAAGAAGCGCAAAAUGUACGAAUCAAAGUCAAACGGGGAGUUUGACGACGCCGAGCUGCUGCUCUACGAGGAGGUGGCGCGCAUGCCGCCCUUCAGGCGCAAGACCCUGGCUCUCGUCGGGCCCCGUGGCGUCGGCCGGAGGACCCUCAAGAACCGGCUGAUCAACAGCGAUCCCGAAAAGUUUGGAACCAUUGUGCCUUUCACGUCGCGACCUCCACGAGUCCUCGAGGAGAAUGGCAAGAGUUACUGGUUCACGGACCGCGAGAGCAUGGAGGCGGACAUCAGGGAGCACCGGUACCUCGAGCACGGCGAGCACGGGGGCCACCUCUACGGCACCAAGCUGGACUCGGUGCGCGAGCUGAUACGCGCUGGUCGCAUGUGCGUCCUCGACUGCAGUCCCACGGUUCUCAAGAUCCUGCACAAUAGUACCGAGUUCAUGCCUUACGUUAUCUUUAUCGCCGCCCCGGGCAUGGAACAGCUCAAGUCGCUCUACGAUCUGGGCAGAUCCACCGGGGCCAGUAGCCGCAACCUCACGUUUGAUCGCCAGAGUACCAUCAGGUAUAGCUCGAGACGUGCCAGAACAUUGGAAUCAUUGGCAUCGCUGUACGAGGAAGAUGAUUUGAAAUCGACCGUGGAAGAGUCUGCGGCCCUCCAGCGGGCGUACGAAAAAUACAUCGAUCUUGUGAUCGUCAACGAGGACUUUGACAAUACCUUCCGGCAGGUUGUGGCGGCCUUGGACGCCCUCGCGGAAGAAGAUCAGUGGGUCCCUGUCAACUGGAUCUACUAAUUUUAUCGCAGCUCGAUCUCAAGCCUUACCAUUUUUAUACCAACUUUUGUACAUACUUGGAAAAACGAAAAAGAUGAGGGAAAAAAAAGGCCGAGACAGGCAUUCCGCGUUUGCCGCCAAAUAGUUUUCAUUAUUUAAUUAUAUUUCCUUCUCGUGUCUUCUUCUUUUACUUUGCGCAGUGAAAUCGAGCAAUUAAAAAUUUAGUGACUGCACAAGACGAUUUUUUAGGAACUUUGCAUCCGAUCAGCAGUUGUUAAACAUGUACUGUUGCCGCAAUUUAACACAACUUACCAGGUACCUAUACAAGCUUACAAAUAUCAACAAUGAGUCGUUUUAGCUUAUUAUGCUAUACAUAUGUUGUAUGUACGUGAGAGAAAAAAUCUCGCCAGCGGGGAUUUUUACUAUUAUAGUUAUUAAUUUUUUUUUUUUUUUUUUUAUCAGAGCACC